UGGCAACCCUGUAGCUGAAGCCUGAAGAUGGAGCCCAACGAGUCUACAGAGGGAUCGCGGUCGCGAUCUUUAGAUGUACAGCCCUGCACCGAAGAACUAGGGACUACUUCGGAACCGUUUCUUUCUUCAGAUGGAGGUGGUGGGUCAGCCAUGGCAGCCGCAACCAUGGCAGCUGAUGCAGCUGCAGCAGCUGCCGCAGCUGCAGCAGCUGCUGCAAACGCCUCCACAGCCAGAGCAACUGCAUUAUUUACAAAGACCCCAGCGCCCUACUCUGGGUUCACGGAUCCCUCCUCUGACAAUCUUUUUGGGACAGUCUAUGCUGGACCCCAGCAAAUAGGCCAUGAAAGUCUUGGCUUCCAACCUCUCUAUGUUUCCUCUAUUGCUCAGGAUCCCUGUACUACAACUGACCUCAGCUCUAGCGCUGUCCCUCCUCCUGGCUUCAGCUCUGACCCUGUAACUGGUUCCAGCUCUAGCCAUGUCUUUGUUCCUGGCUUCAGUGGCUAUGGUUCUUUCCCUGGCUCCAGCUCUGUUCCUGACCAGGGUUCAGUCCCUAGCUCUUUCACUGGUCCUGGAAGUCCUAUCUCUGGCUUCCGCACUGGUCCUGGCCCUGCCACUAUCCCCCGCGCUGGCACUGGUCCUGGCCCUGCCACUAUCCCCCGCGCUGGCACUGGUCCUGGCCCUGCCACUAUCCCCCGCGCUGGCACUGGUCCUGGCCCUGCCACUAUCCCCCGCGCUGGCACUGGUCCUGGCCCUGCCACUAUCCCCCGCGCUGGCACUGGUCCUGGCCCUGCCACUAUCCCCCGCGCUGGCACUGGUCCUGGCCCUGCCACUAUCCCCUGCGCUGGCACUGGUCCUGGCCCUGCCACUAUCCCCAGCUCUGGCACUGGUCGUGGCUCUGACCAAGGCUCUGGUCCUGCCUCUGGAGCUGGUCCAGGAUCUAGCCCUGGCCCUGAGCUCAGGCCCAGCUCUCCUCAAAGGUUCAGAAACCUUAGGCCAGAUCUCUUUCCUAAUUAUACCUCCUGGAAUCAGUACGGCCACUGGGAGCCUCAGAAACAACCACCUUGGGAAUUUUUGCAAGUCUCAGAACCUGGUACCCGAGGGCUACGGAAAACCCCAGAAGGUGAAGGGAAGCCUAAAUUUCUCUAUGAAACAUUGCCACGAGGCCAGUGUCUCCUCUACAACUGGGAGGAAGAGAGAGCUACAAACCACCUGGAUCAAGUUCCAAACUGGCAGGAUAUCUCUGAGAGUUUCUUCUUCCGACAUGGACACCAGGGACUGCUGACCAUGCAACCACAUUCACCCAUGCCCUCCAGCACUACCCAGAAGGAUUCAUACCGGUCCCCAAGAAACCUUUCUCAGCCUCUUCGAGGGAAGCGUGAAGCUAUGGUGGAGAUGCUCCUGCACCACCAGAUCUGUAAAGAGGUACAGGCAGAUCUGGAACCCAUAAGGAAGCCCUUUGAGGCGGAGUCAGUGACACACCAUGACUACCGAAUGGAGCUGGUACAAGCAGGGCCUCCUGCCCCAACGAAGCCUCAUGACUAUCGUCAGGAACAGCCUGAAACCUUCUGGCUUCAGAGGGCGCCACAGUUACCGGGUGUCAGUAACAUCAGGACGCUGGACACACCAUUCCGGAAGAACUGCAGCUUCUCAACACCAGUGCCCUUGUCCCUGGGGCAGCCUUUGCCCUAUGAACUUGAGAAUUACCCACACCAAUUGGGGGAAAUAUCUUCCCUUGCCUGUCAAGGAGAAGGGCAGGGGCAUCCAGGGGACAGAAUAACUCCUGUCUAAAAGUUGAGGGGAGAAGUUGGAUAUGGAAUUUGGAAUCUGUUUCUGCUUAUACCAGAGAGGUGGGCAGAAUGAAGUUAAUUCCCUCUGUACUUGUUGAAGGGGCUUUACAUAAAACAUUCUCCUUUAUCCU